CUUCAAGCUCAUCCAAAAACCAUUUGAAAAAAGAAGAAAGAGAAAUUCUGCUGGAAAAAUGCCGAUGCCGAUGGAGGAGCCGGAAGAACACCGGAAAUUGUUGCUCAAAAUCGCUCGGAUUUUCGACGACGUCCGAACUUCGCACGCCACCCACAACCGGAAGCUCAAGGAACUCGCCGCCCUCCGCUCUUCCUUGCCUCCCACGGAAUUCUGCGCGGCGUUCUGCAAAGCCCUAACGCCGCUUUUCAACUUCCAGCGCCGUACGUCUGCAGCCGAGCGCAUCAUAAAAUUCGCAUCCGUGUUUGCCUGCUCGCGCGGCGCAGAUGGCACUAGUAGUGAUGAAUUCCUCGAGAAUUUCCUCAAGUUUCUUCUCGUCGCUGCUGGUGCUGCGGACAAAACUGCGAGGUUUAGGGCCUGCCAGAUCGUUUCUGAGAUUAUUAUGCGGUUACCGGAUGAUGCAGAAGUGACCAAUGGACUCUGGGAUGAGGUGAUUGAUUGCAUGAUGUUACGCGUAGGUGACAAGUUUCCUAUAAUUCGGACAUUUGCAGCCAGGGCUCUUGCACGCUUUGCCAGUGAUUCGGAGAACAAUGAUAUUCUCGAUUUGUUUCUUGAGAGAUUGCAAGUGGAGCAGAAUGGGGAAGUUCGUAAGAUAAUUGUGAUGUCUUUGCCUCCGUCAAGCGCAACUUUAUCAAUAAUUAUUGAUUCUACUCUGGAUGUAAAUGAGUCAGUACGAAAGGCAGCAUACUGUGUUCUAGCCAGUAAAUUUCCUCUACAGAGCCUCAGGUCAUUGCUACUGAAACGUUCACGGUGCCUUAUUUGGGCAUGGGAAUUUCUAGUUCUUAAGUUUGCCUAUUGUCUCGUAUUACCCUGUGGUCAAAGCAGGAAGAGGUUUUCUUUGAGUAUCAAGCUCAGAACAAUAAUUCUCCAGCGGGGUCUAACUGAUCGCUCUACAGCUGUUCAAAAAGAAUGCUUGAGAAUUAUGAAAGACGAGUGGCUUGAGAAAUGUUGCAAUGGAGACCCUAUUGAACUACUUAAAUUUCUUGAUGUCGAAACAUAUGAAUCAGUUGGGGAGUGUGUAAUGGCUACACUGUUGAAAGCAGGGUUGCUAAAACUCCAUGAUGGUCAAACUAUUCGAAAUUUUUUCACAUCCAACGGUGAUUCGAGUGAAGGACACUGCAAUCAUUCUAUUGAGCUAAUGGACGCAGAAAUUGCCCUGUUUUGGAGAAUGGUCUGUAAGCACUUGCAUAUGGAAGCACAGCAAAAGGGUUCUGAUGCUGCUAUGACUAUGGGCACUGAAUCUGCGGUGUAUGCAGAGGAAGCUUCAAAUAAGAAUGACCUUCUCGACAAUAUUCUUCCCGCUUCCAUUUCUGAAUAUGUUGAAUUGGUUAAUGCUCACGUUGCUGCUGGGUCAAAUUACCGAUUUGUAUCCCGACAACUGCUACUUUUGGGUGCUAUGCUUGAUUUCUCUGACGCUUCGAAUAGAAAGGUGGCUGGUGAAUUUGUUCAGAGUCUGUUGUAUAAAGCCCUUGAUCAUGAAAUAGACGAUAAUGGCACUGAAGUAGUCAUUGGAGAUGGCUUCAAUUUAGGAGGAGAGAGAGAUUGGGCUGCUGCUGUAGCAGAGUUGGCAAAGAAAGUCCAUGCGGCUACUGGCGAGUUUGAAGAAGUUGUUCUUAGAGUGGUGGAAGAGCUCGCUCGGCCUUGCAGGGAUAGAACGGCGGACUGCAAGCAAUGGCUGCACUGUCUUGCUGUGGUUGCCCUUAUUUUGCAGAACACGACUUCAUUUCGUGAAAUGCAAGGAAGGGCUAUUGACCCUGUUGAAAUUCUUCAUUCUCUCUUGCUUCCAGGGGCAAAGCAUUCGAACUUGGAUGUCCAGAGGGCUUCUGUCAGGUGCCUUGGCCUUUUUGGGUUGUUAGAGAAAAAGCCCAGUGAAGUUACAGUGAAGCAACUAAGACUUUCUUUCAUCAAGGCGCCUCCUAUGGUUGCAAUAGUCUCUGCAAAGGCGCUACUUGAUCUGGGAAUAUGGCAUGGUCUGGAUGAAAUGGACAGAGCCAUGAACUGUAAUCUCUCGUCACAACUCCGUAACAAUACAACAUCACUAGCCCCCCUUGAUUUUUGCAACGAAAGCGAGGAUUUGGAUAUCGAGCUUCUCGAUCUAUUAUUUGUGGGGCUUGGGCACGAUUGGGGUGAUUUUGGGGAGAUGGAGGAUAAUCAAUCAAUUCAAGGCAUCCUUGGAGAAGGUUUGGCAAAGAUCCUUCUUUUGAGCAAUAAGUUUUCAGGAUCACGUGUUUCAACACAUCACCUGGUACUGGCUAAGCUCGUCAGCUUGUACUUCAGUAGUGAGAACGACGAGCUCCAGAGGUUGAAACAGUGCCUGUCAGUUUUCUUCGAGCACUAUCCAUCACUUUCGGCCAAUCAUAAGAAAUGCAUAUCAAAGGCUUUUGUGCCUGUUAUACGUUCCUUGUGGCCUGGUAUUCAUGGUAAUGCUUCGGGAUCUAGUCUGAUGGUGUCUAACAUGCGUAAGCGUGCUGCACAAGCAUCACGGUUUAUGCUGCAAAUGAUGCAAGUCCCUUUAAUUGUGAGAGAAUCAACAAAGCCAGACAAUAUUGAAGGGGAGGAUCUUGUUGUUGAUGCUGCUCCUUCAACUGAUUUUGAGAGCGGGGAGGAAGGGCUGGCAAUACGCAUUGCAGUAGAGGUGGCAAGCUUUCCGGCCAAGAAGUCAGCUGCCGAAAAAUCAUAUGUUGCUGCCCUUUGUAGAAUACUUGUCUUGCUCCAAUUUCGGGUUUCACAACAGGAGGCUGCAAAGCUCAUGCGGAGAAUCUUUAAUCAAGUGACUGUGUCUGUGGCCGCUGAAAAAGACCUCACAAAGGAAUUGAGACGGAUGGCUGAGCGCCUACAGGCAAUAGAUCAAAAUCCAGAAGUGAAACUUUCGCCGGAGCAAGCAAAUCUGAUUUUAGAAAAGCUGGAACUAGAAAUUAACUUGGAUGACGUGGACAACUGCCGCCAGGAAGUGCCGCCAACUCCGGCAGCACGGCCGUCUAUUCGCCGGAAUGGAUCCAGGAGACGGGCGGCAAGGGGCGGACAUGAAUCUUCCUCAUCUGACGAGGAAGUCUCCCCAAACUCUGUGGUCCCUGCUGUGAACAGCAGCCGCUCUCAGAGGGCAAGCAAAACAGCCGCCAUGAAGAGGAUGGCGGCCAAGCCGACAGUUAGGAUUGACGAGGAUGAGGAUGAUGGCGUGGCGGAGGGUUCAGAGGUAACGUCCGAGGAGGAUGAUGAUGAUGAAGAUGAUUCCGAGUCUUUUGAGCGGUAAGGGAAAGUGCUUAAGAAGUAAGUCUCUUUUGUCUGGCUUUUGUUUGUCUCUGUUUAUGUUGAAGAGGACAUGUUGAUCUGUUAUGUGCUUGAUUGUUAAAUCUGUGUUUUUCUGCCUUUAUGUGCAUCUCGUGCAGUUUGCAGAAAAUUCUUAGUUGUGGCAUGUUUGUAACUUAAGUGGCUACUUUUCGAAUGUGUUGUAUGUUUCACCUCUGAUAUACACAACUUGAAAUGUUGAAGAUUUGUGCCCCC